GCGGCGGCGGCGGCUGCUGCUGAGCCCGGGCGGCGGCCGGGACCCCCGGCUGGGGCCACGCGGGCCGGAAGCCCCCGCGCCAUAGGCCCCGGCGCGGACGCGAACCCGCGCUGUGUCUGCCGAGGCGAGACUCUGAGAUUUUCAGCAAAUUAGUAUAAUGUUAUCUGGUUGCAUACAUGGCUAAGUGAAAAGAAAAUUGAAAAGUUUCUCGAUACAAAGCCUGGAGGGAGCUACACGUUCAAAAAUCCAACUUCUGUAUCAGGAACAUCUGCUGGACUAUUGGUCCUACAGGUAUGGAUCUCUGGCAGCUGCUGUUGGCCGUGGCACUAGCAGGGUCAAGUGAUGCUUUUUCUGGGAGUGAGGCCACACCAGCUACCCUUGGCAGAGCAUCCAAGAGUCUGCAAAGAGUUCAUCCAGGCCUGGGGACAAAUUCUUCUGGGAAGCCCAAAUUCACCAAGUGCCGUUCACCUGAACUGGAGACUUUUUCAUGCCACUGGACAGAUGGGGUUCAUCAUGGCUUAAAGAGCCCAGGAUCCGUGCAGCUGUUCUAUAUUAGAAGGAACACUCAAGAAUGGACUCAAGAAUGGAAAGAAUGCCCUGAUUAUGUUUCUGCUGGGGAGAACAGCUGUUACUUUAAUUCAUCCUAUACCUCCAUUUGGAUCCCCUACUGUAUCAAGCUAACUAACAAUGGUGGUAUGGUGGAUCAAAAGUGUUUCUCUGUUGAGGAAAUAGUGCAACCAGAUCCACCCAUUGGCCUCAACUGGACUUUACUGAACGUUAGCUUAACCGGGAUUCAUGCAGAUAUUCAAGUGCGAUGGGAACCACCACCCAAUGCAGAUGUUCAGAAGGGAUGGAUAGUCUUGGAGUAUGAACUUCAAUACAAAGAAGUCAAUGAAACUCAAUGGAAAAUGAUGGACCCUGUAUUGUCAACAUCAGUUCCUGUGUACUCGUUAAGACUGGACAAAGAAUAUGAAGUGCGUGUGAGAUCCAGACAACGAAGCUCUGAAAAAUAUGGCGAGUUCAGUGAGGUGCUCUAUGUAACCCUUCCUCAAAUGAGCCCAUUUGCAUGUGAAGAAGAUUUCCGGUUUCCAUGGUUCUUAAUUAUUAUCUUUGGAAUAUUUGGACUAACAGUGAUGCUAUUCGUAUUCAUAUUUUCUAAACAGCAAAGGAUUAAGAUGCUGAUUCUGCCCCCAGUUCCAGUUCCAAAGAUUAAAGGAAUCGAUCCAGAUCUCCUCAAGGAAGGAAAAUUAGAGGAGGUGAACACAAUCUUAUCCAUUCAUGAUAGCUAUAAGCCUGAAUUCUACAAUGAUGACUCUUGGGUUGAGUUCAUCGAGCUAGACAUCGAUGACCCUGAUGAAAAGACUGAGGGAUCAGACACAGACAGACUUCUAAGCAACAGCCAUCAGAAAUCACUUAGCGUCCUUGGAGCAAAGGAUGACGACUCUGGACGAACCAGCUGUUAUGAACCUGACAUUCUGGAGACUGAUUUCAAUACCAGUGACGGAUGCGACGGGAACUCGGAGGUCGCUCAGCCUCAGAGGUUAAAAGGGGAAGCAGAUCUCUUGUGCCUUGACCAGAAGAAUCAAAAUAACUCACCUUACCAUGAUGUUUCUCCUGCUGCUCAGCAGCCUGAGGUCACCCUAGCAGAGGAAGACAAACCGCGACCACUUCUUACUGGUGAGAUUGAAUCCACUCUUCAGGCGGCACCUUCUCAGCUCAGCAAUCCAAAUUCACUGGCAAACAUCGACUUUUACGCCCAGGUUAGUGACAUUACGCCAGCAGGGAGUGUGGUCCUUUCCCCAGGCCAGAAGAACAAGGCAGGGAAUUCUCAGUGUGAUGCGCAUCCGGAAGUCGUCUCACUCUGCCAAACAAACUUCAUCAUGGACAACGCCUACUUCUGUGAAGCAGAUGCCAAAAAGUGUAUCGCUGUGGCCCCUCACGUCGAGGUCGAAUCACGUGUAGAGCCAAGCUUUAACCAGGAGGAUAUUUACAUCACCACAGAAAGCCUUACCACUACUGCCGGGAGGUCUGGGACAGCAGAAGACGCUCCAGGUUCUGAGAUGCCUGUCCCAGACUAUACCUCCAUUCAUUUAGUACAAUCUCCACAGGGCCUUGUACUCAAUGCAGCCACCUUGCCCUUGCCUGACAAAGAGUUUCUCUCAUCGUGUGGCUAUGUGAGCACAGACCAACUGAACAAAAUCUUGCCAUAGCCUUUCUUUGACGCCCAAGAGCUUUGUAUCUAAUGGCAAAGAAUUGGCUGGGGCAUGAAUGCUUAAACCAAAACAAUGAAGGGGGAAUGGACGAGUAGGAUGUGGAUUCUAAAUGCCUUCUCUGAAAUUUGAAACAGGAUAUUAAAAAGAAAAAACUAAGAGGAAUGCUUAAUCAGAUAGAUAUUCCUGUUGUGAAUUGUAAAUAUUUUAAAGAAUUGUCUCAUAUACUGUUUAGUGGCAGUAAUUGUCUUCUUGUGGGUGUUAAUUUUGUGAUACUAAGCAUUGAAUGGCUAUGUUUUUAAUGUAUAGUAGAAUCAUGCUUUUUGAAAAAGCGAAAAAUCAGGUGGCUUUUGCAGUUCAGGAGAACUGAAUGGAAAUCAUAGCACAGACUAAUUUUUUUUCUUCUUAAUUAAUUGGGAGCUAACACUAUAGGUAAGAAGGCAAAAAAUAGUUUGGAUAUCUAAAACAUUUAUUUUGACAUAAACUUGAUAAAGAUAUUUUUAACAAGUUAAACUUCAAGCAUGGCUAUUUUAUAUCACCCUACACACUGUGUACUGUAGUUCAAGAAGAUUCAUCUACAAAAUGUAGCAACUACAGUCUCAAGCUGGUUUAAUGCUUUUCAUCAGUGCACCUAAAGAAAACACACACAAGUUUUUUUUACAAGGUCCUUUUUAUACCUUCCAAAACUCAUUGAUUCUAAAAUGAUUGUAAAAAUUUACAUACUGGAACAUACUUAUUUUAUCUGAAUUUCUAAUCAAAUAUUUGUUAAAUUUAGAAAAUUUUUAAAUAUUUGCACAAAUGCACAAAUAAAUUUACAUAAAUCAAAAACCAAAUAACACAAAACUUUUCUUCACUAAAUCUUGGUUCGUGCCAGAGAGCUGCAUGCGAAGAGAAGUAGAAAUCAUUGCUGGUUCACGUUGACCAUGAGACUUAAGUUCUGCAGUUGCACGUGGACUGAGAUUUUCCUGCAUGCAGAUCAUGUGAGGUAAGCUCUAUAACCUCUGCAGUAAAAUCUCUUCAAAUAUAACUUGAUUUUAUUUCAUAGUUACCUAAGAGAGGAAGUUGAAGCAGGUCAAAUGAAGCUAACCGGGUAAAGGAACAGAAAUAGGUUUUGUUUCAAAGCCUUUACCCAGACACAUACAUAGUCAGUAUUCAAGGCAACAAGAAAUAAAAGAAAUAAGGUUUUCAAUUCCCACAGAUAACUCAAAAUUACUUAAACCAGGAGCGGAAACUUUCUCACCAAGACUUUUAUAGGAUUUAUUUAAACAGUAAAGGAAGAUGUUUCAUCAUUUUUUAUUUUCCCUCCAAGUAGUCCGACCUCAAAGCAGGUAGUCAGAAGAAAAGGACUUGAGUAAUUUGUAGAUUUUCUAAUUCCUUAAUAACCCAAACAUCAUUUUUAGAAGCAUAGGGAUAGUUCCCAAAAGGAUUAUGAAAAUGAGAAUACUUAACCAUUUUAAGAAUUUUUUAAAGUGCAUUUUUUUUAAGUUAGCAUUCACUUAAAUAGUAUUUGCCAUUUAGCUCAGACCCUUUUAGAAAGCAAGCUUCAUGAUUGGUAAGUUUUAAUUCAUUCUCUCAUACAGGAAAGAUGGUGGAAAGCUAGACCUGGGUGUUUAAAGUUUACCGUGAUACUUGUAGUAGAUGUUUAAUAGAUUUUCUGCUACCUUGCUGCUAUGGUCUUCUCCAAGAGCUACAUAAUUUAGUUUCAUAUACAAUAUCAUCACUGUAGAAUCUAAUUCAACUUAAAACUGUGUUUGGAAGAACUAUCUUACCAUUUCACAAUAGGCUAACAACAUUUCUAUAGCCAAAAAUAGCUAAAUACCUCAAUCGGUCUCAGAAUGUCAUUUUGGUACUUUGCUGGCCACACAAGCCAUUAUUCACUAGUAUGACUAGUUGUGUCCUGCAGUUUAUAUUUAACUUUCUUUAUGUCUGUGGAUUUUUUCCUUCAAAGUUUAAUAAAUUUAUUUUCUUGGA